UAUAUAACAAGAACACCAAACCAAGCACACCAACACGGUCUCCAUGGCUACUACAACCACCAUACACUACUCCAUCCUCUUCCUCAUUGCUUCUCUCUCACCUCUCAUCUUCCAACAACCACAUUACAACUCUCUGGUCCAAGCAAAUGACUGGCUCAUACAAGUAGAGUGUCACAACGCAAAGGUCCCCGCAACAUGCAUCCAGUGCCUCCACUCCGACCACCGCAGCACCCAUACCACCAACGCCGCCACCAUCGCCGCCAUCCUCCUCAACUGCCUCAGCAACCACGCCACCAACUUGGCCGGCAACAUAUCAAAUUUAAAAACUUCUAAACACGACAUGGUUUCGAUGAAGGUGUACCACGACUGUACUCGAUUGCUAGUGAGUGCGAAGAAGGAGAUAGUUGAAGCUGGUGUGAAAAUUGACAAGGGCGAUUAUGAUGGUGCUGAUCACUGUGUGUUCAUUGCGUUCAGUUAUUGUGUCCAGUGUCAUACUGAGAUUGAUCAAGAUGGAAGGAGGACUAAAAUCGAUGUUCCCAUGAAAGUUGAGUAUGAAAUUAAUGUUCUUGAAGAGCUUUGUGAGGCUUCCAUGAGAAUUAUCGAGCGACUCAAGUGAAUUUCUGAAUAAGUUUUCUUGGAUUCGAAAUGUAUGUUUCGUUUUCAGUAUUGUAACUAAGAUGAAUGGGUUUUGAGAAAAUAAAGGGACAAAUGGUUACCAAA